AUGGACGUGAAGUUUUCACAGUCGUCGCACGAAAUCGGCCGCGGAUAUCCAGGCCGAGGUCUCUACCUGGAGCUAGAAAGGGGCGCGGCCGGCGACUUUUCGCCUCCAUCAGACAACGUGAUCUUCGACAACCAGUGCUACGCGACCACGCCCAGUUCCAGCAACGGCAACUCAGACAUGGAGCAGGCGGCGCAGCACUAUGGAAGGCGCCGCCUCCACCGCCAGAACUCCAGCGUCAACUCCACUCCCGGCUCGCCCACCAGUCGCCUACUCCUGGAGUAUGAGAUGCAUCUGCGCAACACCCUGGCCAAAGGCAUGGACGCGGAGAGCUACAGCUUACACACCUUUGAGGCGCUGCUCACGCAAAGCAUGGAAAAUCUUGAGUUCGCCGAGAGUCUCCCCGGGUCCAACACCCGAAGCCCAUAUCACGCGAGGAAAAGACCCACAUCCAGCGCUUCCAUGAGAUCCUCCACGCUUCCCUACAACCAGCGCAUGGGCGUUCGCGAGCGCGAGAGAGACGGCUACUACAGCGACCGCAACGAAUUGUCCCGCGAGCGAGAAAAGGAGCGCGAACGCGGCUACUUGAGCGACCACAACGCCAAUUCUAGGUGCGCAUCCUGCAUCGGCGAGUCGAGCAGGGCGCAGUGGUUCCGACACUCAGACGGCUGGCGAUCCGGCAGCUCCGCCUACGGCUCAGCGCAGGGCGGCGUCCUCCCAGGGCACAGGAGAGCCCCCUGGGACUCGCUUCCCUCACUGCUAAACUAUUUCCUCCAGACUGUGAAAAAUGCAAGUCAAUACUGCCUGCAGAGGGAAAGUUACGAUUAA